AGGAACAUGAACUCCAGGAGCACUGCUCCCGCUUUGCUGCUGCUGCUUCUUUGUCUGCUGGGGAGGGUGCAGGAGGUGAAAGGUCAGGAACAGGAGUACCUGCAAGAGGCUCUCAGGGCCUUGGACAUGCCCCUGGGUACCGACAACGAGCCACAGCUCCAAAAGAACCACACCGGUAUCCUGAUCGCCACACUCCUCCGGGCAGUGCACUGUGCAGAGCGGCUUGGCACCUCUCAAGAUGCCUGUGACAGAUGCCUGACACCAGAUGUAGCUCUCUCUGUUCUAGAGGAUGAUGGGAAGGCUUACUUCACUAAGGAGGAGUACCAGCGGAUCUCCACUGUUCUGCUGUACUACAUAAUUAACUUGCAAGAUCUUUGUGUGUCAAAUGCCGCCUCUCCUGCCUCCCUUUCCUCGUCCUCUUCCUCCUCAUUUGGGAACUAUCAGUUCUACCUUUUGGCCCUCAUUAAUCUACACCCAGCUGAGGAUGACCGCUUCCUAUCAUCCAGUGAAACAGAAAGUAUUCUGCAGCUCAUCAACCAGCACUACGACCCCUCUAAUCAGGAUACAUCAUCUGAUUCGGAAUGUAUUGAUGCUACUGCCCUCCUUGAAGAUGUUAACGUAAAAGAAAAUCCAGGUGCUGGUGUGUCUUCUGUGCCCAAACUGGCCGCAGCCAUCAUCAGCCACAUACUGCAGGGCCACUGUUUCAGACGGAAGAACCUCCCGUCUCCUGCUUUCUUUACCGACUAUAUCUUUCAUUCCCUUAAUCGCACAAGUAACCUGCAAAUAAUAGACUUAGAGGAGUUGCUUCAUCAGCUGGGCGUAGGACAGGAAGGAGUUACACACUCUCACGACAGGAAGAGGCGGAGCAUCACAAGGAGAUCACAGAAAGGGGCGGGGCCUCCGCUGGAUGGUUGCAACCAUGAAACCGGAGGACUGAGGCAAGACUGGGCACAGGUAUGUUUUUCAGCCAAUCAGCUGGUGGAUAUUUUUGCUCUGAAUCCUCAUUUGCCAAUUUCCAAGGAGCACUUCAGACAAAUUUGCCCAGCCAUCAUUCAGCAGUUGCUAGGCAAUGCCUGUGAGUCUGCAGAGCAAAAGAGAAGAGGAUCUCCGCCCACUGCUCUUGAGAAGUAUGGCUACAGCACGGCCGCUGUCCUCCUCAUCACGGUGGGCUCAAUGCUCGGUAUCUGCCUCAUCUUCUUCAACUCCUGCCAGGAGACCUACAACCUCAUCCUGCAGCUGUUUGUGGGCCUCGCAGUGGGAACCCUCUCAGGAGAUGCACUCCUGCACCUCAUACCACAGAUCCUUGGCCUCCACGAUGACACUCACAGUCAUGCUGACGAACACUUUACAGAAGGAAAGGAGUAUCUGUGGAGGAUUCUGGGCAUGAUCGCAGGGAUCUACGGCUUUUUCCUAAUUGAAAGAAUCUUUUCCUUUGUGGUCCCUUCUCACGGCCAUGGUCAUGCAGAGCUCAACUGUAAUGGUCCGUCACAGAGAGGCAAGUCCAUCUCCACCAUACAGCUGGGACCUGUGGAUGACUUGGAGUGUACAGAAGUAUCUCCUGAACACUCAGACAUAAGGAGGCCUUCACAUCAGAGACGAGGGGUUCCCCUGCUAGCUGUGAUGGUAAUCGUGGGAGACAGCCUCCAUAACUUCGCCGAUGGCCUGGUUGUCGGGGCGGCCUUUUCCUCUUCUGCCGAGACCGGCAUGGCGACCACCGUGGCCAUCCUGUGCCACGAGAUCCCGCACGAGAUGGGGGACUUUGCAGUGUUGCUCAGCUCUGGGCUCUCAGUGAAGACUGCUGUGCUGAUGAACUUCCUGAGCGCUCUGACGGCCUUCAUGGGCCUCUACAUCGGACUGUUUGUUUCCUCAGAGAUGGAAGUGCAGCGGUGGAUCUUCGCUGUUACUGCUGGGAUUUUCCUCUAUUUGUCACUGGUAGAAAUGCUUCCAGAGAUGAAUCGAGUGCAGACCGACAGACCGUGCCUCAUGUUUCUCCUCCAGAAUCUCGGCCUAUUGAUGGGUUGGGCCUGUCUUCUGCUCCUCGCACUCUUUGAGCAUGAACUCAAACUCUAAAUGUGUACGGGACUCAUCUCUUCACGCGGGUUUGAGCUGAAACAAAUGUUUUUUACUUUCCAUUGUCUUAUCAUCUCUUUGCUGUGUAUGCAACUAGGAUGUUUUAGCAAUGAGUGAGUAUUUAUGAUGUUGUAGUCUCAGCACUGGAUGAUAAAUGUACGU